AUCCUUUAUACUAAUUAAGUUGAAGAAGGAACCUCUCUUCUCUCUCUUUGCAAAGAAGACACAAAGACCAGUGAAACUUCGCUUUGAAACGGAGAAUCAAAGCAAACACGCUUAAACAAAACCCUUUCUCUUCUCUCUCUAUAUCUCUCUCUCUCUUUCUCGUUCUACAUUUUCCGACAUUUUCCCGAGACAAUCUCGUCUGGUAAAACCUUUCUCGCUCCUCCGGUUCAACAUUGCCACGCUUUUCGAUUUUCUCUCGCUCCACGCUCUUCUCGCGUUAAUUCCUUCCUAUUUGGCUUUCUUAUGUUCGAGAUUAUGUGUUGCAGCCGUUCGAUCUGUGUGAUGCUGUGUUUGCUUGCUCUGUACUUGGAUUCUGCGCUGUCUGGCAUGCUAGCUAAAUCUCGUAUAAUUUCCAAGUAAUUCUCAUGGUGGAUGUGCCUGCUUCAACACAUGCUACGGAGGGCUGGUAGUUAAUUUUGGUAUUGUGAAAGCUCUCCUGCAGAUGUUUCUUCAAAUGUGAUAAGAAAAACUUUUACUAUCUGCAACCCAUAUUUUCUUCCACGUCUUCGUUGUCCAUAUUACGUCAAUGAGCUUUAAGAAAGAUAAUGACCACUUUAGUACAAGUUUGGCAUCUUUUUGAUCUAGUACUGUGAAGAUUCAGGACUAUUGAUUUCUUCAUAGGAUCAUCAAAAUGAAAAAGUUGUAUGGAGGUGUUCUGGUCGCAUCGCUCUUUAUGUUGUUUAUGCUUAUGUUCCUGCGAAAUGGGAUCAUGAAAACUCCUAUUGGUCAAGGUUAUUUGACUAUUCCUAUCCUGGUUAAUGGAACUAAUCCUCUAGCAUGGAUAAAUCCCACAGUACCACCCGCUAUUCAAAAUCCAGAUGAUCAUUCUAAAGUUAUUUCUUCUGAUAUUCUUGUAUCUAGCCUCUUUGCUGGGAGCAACUUUUCCGAAGACGAGCAACAAGCUCUGCAGACAUGGAACCAAUUGAACCACUUAAUUGAUCACACUCAGGGUUUACCCAGUUCCGCAGAAGCUAUAAAGGAGGCUGCCAGUGCAUGGAAUUCUCUUAUUUCCUCAAUUGAAGAGCAAAAACAAGGUCGUGCAAAUGACAGUUCAAGAACCAAAGAGAAGCAGUGUCCCCACUUUCUUAAUAAAAUGAAUUCCACCGAACUUGGUAACAGUAGUUACAAAAUGCAAGUACCUUGUGGCCUGACACAAGGUUCUUCCAUCACUGUAAUUGGCAUUCCGAACGGUCUUUUAGGUAAUUUCCGGAUUGACUUGACUGGAGAACCACUACCUGGGGAACCUGAUCCUCCAAUUAUUUUACACUAUAAUGUUCGCUUGCAUGGGGAUAAGAUCACUGAAGAUCCUGUAAUUGUCCAAAACACCUGGACUAUAGCUCAUGAUUGGGGUGAAGAGGAUCGUUGUCCAUCCCCUACUGCUGAAAAGGUCGAGAAAGUUGAUGAAUUGGAGCAGUGUAAUAAGAUUGUAGGGAAGAACAUUAGCCAACUUCACACAGCUGGCAUGCAUUCCCGCACUUCAAGACAAUCUUUAUCAGCCGAAGAACAAUCGAUAAAUAGGAAAUAUUUUCCUUUUAAACAGGGUUUACCAUUUGUGGCAACUUUAAGAGUGGGAUCUGAGGGAAUCCAGAUGACAGUUGAUGGAAAGCACAUAACUUCAUUUGCUUUUCGUGAAACUUUGGAGCCAUGGCUUGUCAGUGAAAUAAAAAUCUCUGGGGACCUCAAAUUAAUAUCUAUUCUUGCUAGUGGUCUGCCCACAUCAGAGGAUUCAGAGCAUAUUAUUGACCUAGAAUCAUUAAAAUCAAGUUCUAUAUCUGCACAAAUCCCAUUGGAUCUCUUCAUUGGUGUUUUCUCUACUGCUAACAAUUUUAAGCGUCGAAUGGCCGUUAGAAGAACCUGGAUGCAGUACAAUGCUAUUCGAUCAAAUAAGACAGCUGUGCGCUUCUUUGUUGGUUUGCAUAAAAGCCCAAUAGUUAAUGAAGAGUUGUGGAGGGAAGCACAAACUUAUGGAGACGUGCAGCUGAUGCCAUUUGUUGACUACUACAGCCUCAUCACAUGGAAAACUUUAGCAAUCUGCAUUUUUGGGACACAAGUUUCGGCAAAGUUUGUCAUGAAGACGGAUGAUGAUGCGUUUGUCCGGGUAGAUGAAGUUCUAGACUCUUUGCAUAAGAUCAAUGUUGAUCAUGGGUUACUAUACGGACUCAUCAAUUCGGAUUCCAGACCUCAUCGAAAUACAGAUAGCAAAUGGUACAUCAGCCCAGAGGAAUGGAGCGAAGGAACUUAUCCUCCAUGGGCACAUGGUCCCGGCUACGUUGUCUCACACGACAUAGCAAGAACGGUGGCCAAGAAAUUCAGAGAGAACCAUUUGAAGAUGUUUAAAUUAGAAGACGUUGCAAUGGGAAUCUGGAUCGCAGACAUGAAGAAGGAAGGUGUAGAAGUUCGGUAUGAGAAUGAGAACAGAGUGUAUCCUGAAGGUUGUAAGGAUGGUUAUGUGGUUGCCCAUUACCAGGGCCCAAGGGAGAUGCUCUGUUUGUGGCAGAAACUUGAGGAAGGAAAAGGUGCAAAAUGCUGUGGUGAUAGGAGAUGAUCACUUACUGACCAGGUUUCAACAGAAAAAAAGAAAGAAAAGAAAAUCCCCCUUUUGAGUGGCUGGGGAGCUUGUAUGAUGAUUAGAAUAGUUAGCUUAGCUAGAAAUUAUUAGAGAUAGUUAAUGAUAGGGCAUAAUCGCAGUCAUCAAUUCCUAGAAGUAAGUCUGAUGGUUGUUGUACGUAGAGAGUGAGAAAUCUGUAUAGAGCCGCCAAUCGGAAAUAGGUUACCACAUUUUCUGCCAUUUUAUCAAUUUUUUGAUUGUUAACACAUCAUUACACGAAGAAA